AUGAUCGAUAAAGCAUUCGAUUUUAUGGAUAGGACACCAAAUAAGUAUGGUGAUACACCGACAAAAGUGCCAGAAGGUCUAGCACCGACUGCUGAGGAGGAGAUGUUCUCACCUAUGAAAGAAGUCUCAUGUUCAUUGCCUGUACCACCCGAUACCAAGGAAGAUCCAGUGUUCAUUCCAACUGAGAGUUCUAGUGAUAGGCAAGAUAAAGGAGAUUCGAGCAAAGAAUCACUCUUGCCUUAUACGGUGUCGUUUUAUCGCAAACGCAUGAGAGAAUUGAGGGCUGCGGAUACCGGAGUAGAAAGAAUUGAUUUGACCACUGAUGUUUCUACUGCACAUCAGCAGACUAUCAUCGGAAAUGGCAGUUACGGUGAUGAUGAAGAGAGUGGACAUGCUAAGACUGAGAGAAAAACGCUUAUGGAACGUGAGAUUUCUGUACAACAGCAAAGAAUAGCGCAAGCCAUGCAAGCGCUUCGGUAUUGCAAAGAGCGUACAGAGUUUCGCGGAAGCCGAGAAGAGGUUGACGCGCAACGAGCACUUCUUAUUGCCACUGAAACGCGGCGCGCAUUGCUGUUUGAGAUUGAUCGGUUGAAUAGAGGAGACUCCAGGAGGUUAGUAAAGCUUUGUGGUUGUAACCUUUGUUCAUCAUAUGGAAGAAUUGAUACGAUAAAUGAUAUUGUUCGUGGUGGUCAUUAUUCCGAUUUUGUUUUUGCUUACACGAAUUAUAACAUACAGUAUGCAAAAAUGUAGCU